AUGAGGCACAGGACGGAGUUGCGGUACAUCCAGCAGGGAGGUCUCCGCCAGGAGACUUAUGAGAAGCGCAAGCGCAGCCUGAUGCGCAAGGCGAUGGAGCUGGCCGUGAUGUGCAACUCCCAGGUGGCGCUGGUCAUGUUUGACGACAAAGGGCGCCUGACCCAGUUCUCCACAGCAGAGAUGGACGCCGUGCUGGAACAGUAUGGCAAGGCCGUGCUGGAGCCGCACGAGCGCUACACGCCGCACGACAUGCUGUAUGGCAACGUCUGGGCCAAUGGCUUUGGCCUUGGGCCCAUGGCCGGUGGUGCAGGAGGGACCACACAGGGUACCGCGCCUGCACAGAGCCCUGGUGACAGCCCCGCCAGCAGCAGCGAGGCGUUCCAGGCCGCUGCUGGCGCGCAGCAGCUGCUGGGCCCGCUGGGGCUGGCUGUCGACGCAGCGACGUUCCCUCCGCUGUCGCCUCGGAGAUUGCGCACUUGA